UCGAGUCGGCCGGGCACAUCGCCACGCCUUUUGCGGGAAUGUCCCCGUCACCAGUUCUUCGUGCUGUAUCGCGACAUGGCGGUAGACGGUGUCUUGCCGCUCUUCGCAUCUGGACGGAAGCUCGGCCGGGGCUUCAGCCCCAAGGCUCGCGACAAGGCUCCAUCUUACCGACUCCGCUGCUUCGUUUGUGUUGUGCAGUAGGAAGUGCCGGUUAUCCUGCGGCCUCAGUCCUACAAACUCUGCUGUCCAUGAUCAUCUCUGUACCCUGGGUGACUUUGGCUCCCAGUGGAGAGACUUCUCAGGUGGAGUCUCAGUUCUACACAGUGCCUCUCUUACAUGCAAGACAGAAAAGGCCUUUACAUGCCUCUUGCAGGUUGGCUUCCAGCAUCAGAGGAAGACAUUUACAGUAUUUUGGCUGGAGUGCUCAGCUUCAAGACUUCACUUUGUUCUUCACAAGUUGGUGGGAUAUGAAGCCAAUUGGAAAAGUGCUUUGUGCUACAGGGAUCAUAGCUGGGCUCCUAGCUUUCUUCUGGAAAGACACUUUUAACCCAGAGAGCUUGUCUGGUGCCCGUGUUCUCCUGACUGGAGCCAGUGCUGGGAUUGGAGAGCAGAUGGCAUAUCAUUAUGCCAAAUUUGGUGCUGAAAUUGUUUUGACUGCAAGGAGGGAAGCUGUGCUGCAGAAGGUGGUGGAGAAAUGCCUGACGCUUGGAGCAAAGAAAAUAUUUUAUAUCCCUGCAGAUAUGUCUUCCCCUUCAGAGCCUGAAAAGGUGGUUCAGUUUGCUGUCCAAAAGCUGGGGGGAUUGGAUUACCUGGUGUUGAACCACAUUGGUGUGACCCAUUUCCAGAUGUGGGCUGGAGAUGUGGAAUAUACCCGCUGGCUCAUGCAGGUGAAUUUCUUCAGUUAUGUGGCACUCGCAACAGCAGCUCUUCCCACCCUGGAGAAGAAUAAAGGUUCUCUGGUGGUUGUUUCUUCCCUCACAGGGAAAAUACCCACUCCCUUCACCACUUCUUAUUCUGCCACCAAGUUUGCACUGGAUGGUUUCUUCAGCUCGCUACGCCAUGAACUCAUCAUGCAGAACAGAAAUAUCUCUGUCACACUGUGCAUCCUGGGCCUGAUUGAUACUGAUACAGCAUUAGAGAAUACCAGGGGCAAAGUGCACCUAACUGCUUCUCCUGCUCCUGAAGCUGCACUCGCCAUCAUCCGGGGGGGUGCCACACGGGUGCAGGAGGUUUUCUACCCAUGGUGGCUGCAGCAUAUGUGUUGCCUUUGGGUUUUGUUCCCCAAUGACCGGGACCAGGUUUUACGGAGUUACUAUAACUACAGCAGUCCUUAAGGGACACCCAGUGCCAGUCUUCUCUCCCACCCUACAUCCCUUCUAAUCACAUUCCCCCGUCCCACCAAGCAUCCCAUUCAACCAUUGGUGUCAAGCAGGACCAGGACAGCAGUGGUGGCAAAGUAACCUUAGGUCUUUUAAUAAGACUCUUCUUGGUCUCCCUCUCAUCCUGCUUCAGCCACAGUUCUGAUAUUUCUACCCGUCAGUCACUGUGUCUUAGCCUUCCACCCAUCUCCCCUCCUUCAGCCUCACCUGUCUGCUUUUACUGCCUUUGGUCUUCGCUCCGCUCCAGCUUUAACCUCUGUCUGUACAGGAUGUCCCAGAAUGUCUGUACAUUCCUGGGACAUCCUGCGCCACUGCUUCAUUGUUUUGUGUAUUCUGUGAACCUUCUUGCUUCCUAUGAAUAGAAUUUUAAUCUCUAUUUUAAUAAAACUAUUUUGUUUUA